AUGCCGUUCUUCUCGUGUUGCACCAAAGCGAGUCUCUGCUACUCUCCAGGCAGCUCGCGUGGAGAUUCCACUCCUCGUAGUCCUUUCUCUCCUUCUUCUCCUUAUGAAAGGCGCAAAGCUCGCGCGGCUGAUUCUUCCAAGUUUCAACGUCCCCACGCCACUUCUUCUUCUUCCCCAUUGGAUCCAUCAUCCCCUGCAUCAAUGCUCCAUGGAGGCCACAAGUUCCACGAGGCUUUCCAAAUGAAACAAGGCCGUUUUGAUCUCCAAGCUGCAAAGAUCUCGGAGAUGAUGAAAUCUAAUAACUUGGAUAAUGCUCCCACGCAGUCACUUUUAAGUAUUGUUAAUGGGAUUCUUGAUGACAGUAUUGAGAGAAACAAUGGUGAAGUCCCUCAGCGUGUAGCAUGCCUCCUUAGAAAAGUUGUUCAGGAAAUUGAGAGACGUAUAUCAACUCAAUCUGAGCAUCUAAGAACGCAAAACAGUGUGUUUAAGGCUCGUGAGGAGAAGUAUCAGUCAAGGAUCAAAGUUCUUGAAACUUUAGCUUCAGGAACUAGUGAAGAAAAUGAGCUUAUGUCUCAUCAGAUUGCUACGAAACAACUUCGACGAAUAAAGACAGAAAAGUCCAAGCUAGAAGAAAAGAAGAAAACUAAAGAAGAGGAUGUGGUUAAGCUAGAGAAAGAAAAUGGUGAAUAUAAUGUUGAAAUUUCCACUUUGAGGCGAGAACUAGAGGCAACCAAGAAAGCAUAUGAACAACAAUGCUUGAGAAUGGAAAGUCAGACAAAGCUGGAGGGAAAGAAGAAAACCAAAGAGGAGGAUAUGGUUAGGCUAGAGAAAGCAAAUGAUCAAUAUAAUCUUGAAAUUUCCAAUUUAAGGCGAGAACUGGAGACAACCAAGAAAGCAUAUGAACAACAAUGCUUGAAAAUGGAAAGCCAGACAAAGCUGGAGGGAAAGAAGAAAACCAAAGAGGAGGAUAUGGUUAGGCUAGAGAAAGCAAAUGAUCAAUAUAAUCUUGAAAUUUCCACUUUAAGGGGAGAACUGGAGACAACCAAGAAAGCAUAUGAGCAACAAUGCUUGAAAAUGGAAAGCCAGACAAAGGUCGCCACAACAGGUAUAGAGGAUAGGGUGAGGGAGCUUGAGCAAAUGACAAAAGACGCAAGCGUUUCGAAAAUUGCCCUUGAGGAAAGGGUUAAGGAGCUUGAAAAGAUUGGAAAGGAAGCAAAUGCUGCUAAGACUACUCUUGAGGAAAAGGUAAAGGAGCUUCAACAAUUCAAACAAGAGAUAGUAACUGUUAACACAAGCCUUGAAGCAAGAAACAAAGAGCUUGAAAACAUGGGAAAGGAAGCAAUUGCUGCCAAAACGACUCUUGAGGAAAAGGUAGAGGAGCUUCAACAGUUCAGGAAAGAGACAGUAGCCGUUAAUACAAGCCUUGAGGCCAAAAACCUUGAGCUUGAAAAGAUGGGGAAAGAAGCAGUUGCUGCUAAAACGAUUCUUGAGGAAAAGGUGAAGGAGCUUCAGCAAUUUAGAAUAGAGACGGAGUUGAGGUUGUAUUCUAAGUCCAUCAAACAAGAAAUAUUGAAAGUUCAAGACACAUAUACAGGAGAGUUUAGUCAAUUAGGGAAGAAGUUGCUUGAACUUGGAGAGGCUGCCGAAAACUAUCACGCUGUUCUAACUGAAAACCAAAAGCUCUUCAAUGAACUUCAGGAGCUAAAAGGAAACAUUAGAGUGUAUUGUAGGGUAAGACCUUUCUUGCGAGGGCAAGGUGCAUCAAACACUGUGGUGGAACACAUUGGUGAGCAUGGGGAGUUAGUAGUUCUCAAUCCCACAAAGCCUGGGAAAGAUGGUCUUCGUAAAUUUAGGUUCAAUAAGGUCUACAGUCCAGCCUCUACUCAAGCUGAAGUGUUUUCGGAUAUAAAACCGCUUGUUCGAUCAGUUCUGGAUGGUUACAAUGUUUGUAUCUUUGCCUAUGGUCAGACGGGAUCAGGGAAAACUUACACAAUGACGGGUCCAGAUGGAGCAAGUGAGGAAGAAUGGGGAGUAAACUAUCGUGCACUAAAUGACCUCUUCAAAAUCUCUCAAUCUCGAAAAAGCAACAUAGCGUAUGAAGUUGGGGUGCAGAUGGUAGAGAUAUACAAUGAACAAGUGCUUGAUUUACUCUCUGGUGACAGUUCUCAAAAGAGGUUAGGUAUUCUUUCUACAACUCAACAAAACGGUCUUGCUGUACCUGAUGCAAGUAUGUUUCCCGUGACAUCGACCUCGGAUGUUCUUGAAUUAAUGAACAUCGGGCUAGAAAACCGAACCGUUAGCUCAACUGCCUUGAAUGAAAGAAGUAGCCGCUCCCAUAGUAUUGUCACUGUUCAUGUUCGUGGAAAGGACUUGAAGACCGGUUCUGCCUUGUUUGGCAAUCUACAUUUAGUAGAUCUGGCUGGUAGUGAGAGAGUUGAUCGCUCUGAAGUUACAGGAGAUAGGCUUAAAGAAGCACAACAUAUAAACAAGUCACUCUCAGCACUAGGAGAUGUGAUUUUCUCUCUUGCUUCAAAGAGUUCUCAUGUACCAUAUAGAAACAGCAAACUAACUCAGCUUCUCCAAAGCUCUCUAGGUGGGAGAGCAAAGACACUAAUGUUUGUGCAACUCAACCCUGAUGUUAUUUCAUAUUCAGAGUCAAUGAGUACUUUGAAAUUUGCGGAACGUGUCUCUGGAGUUGAGUUAGGUGCUGCAAAGAGCAGUAAAGAUGGUAGAGAUGUUCGAGACUUAAUGGAGCAGUUAGGGUCCCUUAAGGACACAAUAGCGAGAAAAGACGACGAAAUAGAGAGGCUACAUUUGCUUAAAGACAUUAAUUACCCACAGAGACUGCAGAGAAAGAGCUUAGGACAUUCCGAUGAGUUAAACUUAGAAGAGUCACAGUUUUCUAUAGAAGAAGAUUCAAGAUCCCAACAAGAUCAUCUCAGACAAUCACGACACUCUAUCAUAGACGGAGAUGGCUUAGCCUCCUCCGUUGAUUCAGAGUAUGAAGAGAGGCUAGAUGAUGAAACAGAAGGGUCCAUUGAUGUUGCUCGUACAGCAGCAGAAGGGAGAAAACCAUUGAAGAUGUCAGACAAAACGUCUAAGCCAGCGACACCAAGGGCUUCUACCAAGACAACACGCCCACUUGAUAAACUUAAGGUUGCUACGAGGGCUGUAAAGGCCGCGUCAGGUUUGAGGUCACCAAGUAAGCCCACAUCAGGUUUGAUGUCACCAAGUAAGCACACAUCAAGUUUGAUGUCACCAAGCAUGAAGAAGACAGGAAGUUCUUCUAGUUUGCUCAAAUCGCCGAAACAAUGGUCAUAAAGUGAACUAUUUUAUUCUUAGCUGCUUUACUUGUAAAAAUACUUUAUAUUUGUUUUUCCUUCCUUCUCUACUGAAUCCAUUGGCUUCAACUG